CCGAAGUUUGACGAAGUGCUGUUGUUCGGCGGUCUCUUUCUUAGUGUGGCUUUGUUUAAUUGUCUUGCACGUCUCCAUUCUUUGUGGGUUGUUUGUUGAAGGUCGUAGUGUAUCUUUGCAGACACCGUUACAAAUUGUGUGUUUUGCUGAAAAAAUUACUGUAGCGAGAGUAUUACCUUCGGGCUGGAGUUUGGUGAAUUAUAGCGCAAGCUUUCGGAUUGGACCAGUUAACAUAAGAGUAACCCGAAUUGUGCCGCAGGGUGUUGUGUGGCAACACGAAAAACGAGGCUGUUACGUACGAAGCUCAGUUCCGUUUUGGGAUAUUACGCUCUUACACGCAGCAAACUUGCUUGAGGUCGCCAGACUACAUUUUUAUCCUUUUUGUAUUCUGCAAAGCAGAGACACGUUUAUUGGGCUGCUGGCUGAACGAAACGUUCAAUCCGGGCUCCCUUACUAUCUUUGUAAUCUUACGCAUUUCGCUGUGUUCUGCGUCGUUUGGUGUGUCGGCCUUCUUCACACUAUUUUUGUUGCCGAUUGUUGAGUAUUUUUUUCCUUCUUCCUUUGGGAAGACGUUUAGCUCGUGGCACUUGUGGUGAUUUUUGGUGUGUUUGGUUAAUUUGGCGUUUUGAAUGUCGGCCGAAGUGGCGGCACAGCUCCCCGGUUCCCUGGGGAUACAACGGGAUUCUGAAUCUGCACAGCAGCAGCAGGCUGCAGUGGCUUUGCCAAGAGGCAUCAAACGAGACUCAGAGCUGGAACAACAGCCGCAGUUGGCAGGAGACAUCAAAAGGCAGCGUAUCGACGGUGCUGAUCAGUUCAAUAAAGGGCUGUACACUUGGUCUGACGCCUCGUAUAAACCACCAUCUACGUAUGAGUCUCCUGUCUACCCGCAGCAGAGGAUCAUCAGCUCGUAUGAGUGCCACCAGAAACAUCCUUCAUUGAUUGACCCUCUGCCGCCAGGCUACCACGGUUACCAGCCUCUGAACAGUCAAGACGCACAGUUGAUUUUUAAAGGCUGCCCGGAUCAAAGCACUGUCAUGGACAGCACUGUGACUUAUAGACCAGCAUACAAUGCAUACAAUACAGGUAAUCAGGAGCCGGCAGCUACCCCCGAAGCAAUGGUACCGUCUUACGCACCAAUCCCAUACCCACCACCACCACCCCAAAAUGGUAUUCCUGCAGAGUUUGCUGUGCCUCACACUCAGGACUAUGCUGGACAGACAAGUGAACACACACUUAACAUAUAUGGAACCACACAGACGCAUGGAGAACAAGCUACAAGCACAGCAACCUCACAGAAUGGAUCUACUACGACAGAGGGAGUUGCACAAACAGACAUACAACACUCACAGACACAGAGCAGUGAGAAUCCAGAAAUGAAAGCCACACCAAAACGGCUACAUGUUUCAAAUAUUCCUUUUCGUUUCCGGGAUCCAGAUCUCCGUCAGAUGUUUGGGCAAUUUGGAAAAAUUUUGGAUGUGGAAAUCAUUUUUAAUGAGCGAGGCUCAAAGGGAUUCGGGUUCGUAACUUUCGAAAAUAGUGCUGAUGCGGACAGGGCGAGGGAGAAAUUACACGGCACGGUGGUUGAGGGCCGUAAAAUUGAGGUAAACAAUGCCACAGCACGAGUGAUGACCAAUAAGAAGAUGGUCAGUCCAUAUGCAAAUGGAUGGAAACUGAGUCCUGUGGUUGGAGCAGUUUAUGGCCCAGAGCUUUAUGCAGUUCCAGGCUUCCCAUAUCCAACUGCAGCCACCACUGCAGCUGCUUUCAGGGGAGCCCACCUUAGAGGUCGAGGGCGAACAGUGUACAGCGCAGUAAGGGCAGUGCCUCCAGCAGCCAUACCUGCCUAUCCAGGUGUGGUUUACCAAGACGGAUUUUAUGGUGCCGAGCUCUAUGGAGGAUAUGCAACAUAUAGAUACGCACAGCCUGCCGCUGCUGCUGCAACAGCAGCAACAGCGGCUGCUGCAGCCGCAGCUGCCUACAGUGAUAGCUAUGGCCGAGUUUACACAACAGACCCCUACCAUGCUCUUGCACCAGCUGCCACCUAUGGAGUAAGCGCUGUGGCUAGUCUAUACCGAGGAGGCUACAGCCGAUUUGCUCCAUACUAAAAUAAUGACGUGAACUCUGCAGUGGGAAAGCCCCCUAGUCUCCGAGGCCUGGCUAUUGCAAUAUUUACUAGUAGAAGAACUCUAUAGCAAGACAAGGAGGAAAAAUGAAAAAAAUACAAAAACCUACUUUUUUAUACCUCACUGUGUUCUUUAAAUAUGUAUUUCUUUGUUUCUGCCUUUAUUUUUUUGUUCCAAAGAUUGUGCAGUUGUUUUUUUUUUUUUAACUGUGGUAAAAAAGAAAAGUGCAUUUCCAUGUAUAUAUAUAAAUAUAUAUAAAUAUAUGUGCAUAGUUCAUUAUAAAAAUCACGGAAGAGAUUAGUGAAAAAUCAAACCUUGGUUAACCAAGCUUAAUAAGGUUGAUGUAUUGAAUGGAGAGAGCCUGCUUUUUGGGUUCUGAAAUAGGACCACCACUGCAGAAAUGGGUUGUGAGAACAAAACACUACAAAAAGGUUAACCUUUCUGUACUCCUGAAGAUUGUCAUGCUGAAUCUUAAAAAAAAAAAAAAAAAAAAAAAAAAAAGGCUGAACCCAGACUUACUUGCAUGCUACUUAUUUGGGAUUAGUGUUUUGGACAUUAGCACAUAGAUAAACUGGUAUGCAUAGUAAUGCUAGUAAAAGAGGACAACAUGUUGCUUUGUGACAUACAAAAGAAUUGGCUUUAGUGUCUAACAGCUGUUAUGUGAAAACAGAGUGCUGACAUGGUGUAGCAUAUCCAGAGACUGAGACCACAUGAAAGUUGAGGUACUUCUGGCUUAGAUGAUUACAUUUGUGUCAAAUGAACAGAAGUUGCUUGUGUGUCACAAGAUCUGAUAGUAGUCUAGAUACAUAAAAUUGCAUCACAGAAGAACAAGGUAUACUUGAGUGCAUGUUUUAAAAAUUGGCAACAUCCAUUUCUCUCUGUCAUCUAGGUAGUGAUUAAUAUUUCACAGAUUGUUUUAAAAUACGUGUAACUCAAGACUUCUGACACUACUUGUGACCUCAAGACUAGUCAUAUUUCAAAGAGCUGCUUGCAGGCUUUAAACAUUUUUGGCGCUUGCUUUCCCUUUUGAUUUAUUUGCACAUAAUUAAAUUAGGGACUGCAGCCAUUCUGAACCCUUUUUGUCUGGCAUUCUGAAAUGCAGUGUAUUUUUGUUAGGCCUCAGUGAAUGUGGACUGCCUCUUUUGUCAGAUUUGCUGUAAGUUUGUUACUGGAGUGCAUCAACACUAAAGUAGUCAAAUUAGGCAAGCUGCCUUGGACUACAAGUGUAAUUAGACUCUGACAUAUAGUGAAUUUUACACUGUAGUGUUAUCUUCUAUAUUUCACUUUGUUUCAUUUCCAUCUCAUUUCAAAGGAUUCUGUGGAGGAGGGCAUGUUUUUCUGCUCAGAGUCUACUUAUUAGAGAGGCUGAUCACGUCUAUACCAGUGGGUAGAUUUUUAUCUUCAUGUGGUCCUGAUGCUAGCCCUCUAGUUCACCUAAAUGACUUAAGUUGUACUGUAUUGUACAUGUCUAGUAUAGUCCCCAAAUAAGCAAGUGACUAACUUUUUUGCAUUUCUAUGUAGUUGUGCCACUCUGGCACUCGUGUGACAACUGGAGGAGUGCAUUUUCCAGAUCCUUUUCUUGACUAGUGGUUUUCAUUGGAGGUCUGUCAUGGUCAUUCAGAAAUGAGCGUUACAAGAAAGCAGUGAAUAACAGAUUAUCAAUAUUUUACCCAUACGCAUUUUCCUAACUAGUAUAGUUCUUUGGUGCAGUGAAAGUAUCUAAUUAGAAGGUCAAGUACUUGGUGUGUAUCCUUCCAGUUAAAAUUCCAGACUUGGCAGUUAAAUUCCCUCAGAACAUUUUGUUGGCAAAUAAUUUCCUGAAUUUUUAGCAUGCAUUAACAGGGUUAACGUGUAACACUACACUUAUACAGUCAUUUAUUUACUGAAAAACUGAUUUCAUUGUGUAAAAAUGACAUUUAUGUUCAUUUAAGACAAUUGCCGUCUCUAUACUGUACACUAUUAAUAAGGUCUGUCCUGAAAAUGAACCAUGCUUUACUAUUGGAGGUGCUUUAGAAAUGUUUUCCUAUAAGAAAUUUGGUACAAAAGAGCCUUAGAGGGCUGUGCUGUAAAACUUUAUUAUAGGUGUUGCUUGUGACUUGAUCGUCCUCCGUGGAUCUUUUUAAUAUUCGGGAUCCACAUUGCCCUUGCCUUCGUUUGGCUCUAUUAAGCUGCUUUAACUGACCAUAUAAAUUGCACAUUUUAUUCACUUAUUGCUGCUUUCAGGAGCAGGUGCUGUUUAGCAAAUUAAGCCUUAGUUUACUGGUUGCCCACCUCCAUAUGAUUAGAGCAGGGAUGUACAUUACAUCAGAUGUUGCUUGGCUGGAUGGAGGCUUGCAUCAUGAUUUGAAGAGCGUCUGACAUGUGAGCAGUUGCACCAAAAAUCAUGUGUAGGUACAAUUCAGGCUACACAUUAGGAAUCUUGUUGCUUUUUUUCCUCUCAAUUUGAGGCAAUAUUUAUUAAAAUAUCUUUGUUCCUGAUAAGAUCUUCUGAUUGUUUUCUCAUUAUCUUAAGAUAUUGUUCUCAUGGUAGCAUCAGAAUUAGUUUCAUGGAAGAAGGUUGUGAUGUCACAGAAAACUGGGUAAGAGUUUGGUAUACUGUAAAGCAGGUUAAUGUUGAAAUGUAUUUGUGGAGAUUUACACAGUAUUAAGUAUCAGAAAGGGCUUUGCAAGACCGUAUGUUUUUUUAUGUACCGUACCUGCAUAGUAUGAUUUUUAAGUAGUUUAUUUCUUGAAUUGUCUCUUGUACUUUUGGCCAAGGAUUAACAGAAAUCAGCUGAAUAUUUCAGGGAGACGCUUGAUGAACUGGAGUAGGGAAAGUUGGUUAUCUUAAGGCAGAUCGUUAUGUUGGCCAGUGUUGUCCACUAGAUUGUAGUGAAACUGUCACAUAGUUGUACUUUAAUGGUCAGUCUGAGGAGUCAGACCCCUGCUGAGUCUUUGUUCUUGUAAUUCUAAGUGGUGUUUUAUAAGAUGUUUGAAGCAAGGACGCUGUAACAGCUGCACUGUUGAGUGCACCUCUGGAACUUAUUUAUUCUUGUACAGUUGUUAAAAUCAUCACCUGUAACAUCAUGCAAGGUGAUGCUAGGGUGUCACCUUGAGAAAUGCUUCCUCGUAGGAAGCUAGCCCCAGUUCAUCACAUCUUAGUGUCUUGGUUGGGUAGAAACCAUAUGAAAAGCAGACUAAAGCAGGAUAAGUUGCCCUCUCAGAUGGUGUGGUACCAGAAAUUGUGUGCUAGAAUCAGUCAGUGGGUUAACAUCAAGAUGUAUGGAUUUAUUUGGUAGAGUACCAUAUUAAUGUGCCUACAGGAGGAGAGGAAACCAUGGGAAGACUUUUCUUAAUCUGUAUUUAGUUUUAGUUAUGAUCUCUUAAAACUGUAUUUAGUUGUAGCUCCAACAAGAAAUCCCCCUCCUGUUGCACAGUACCGAGUCCUAGUUCUCCUAGUAGGUUUCCUUAAGGUUAGCAUUUUGCUUUGAAUUUCAGCAUAGUUUAAUCAGUGACGUAGAAACUCUUAAAUGUGUAUUCUUUUAUUUUUCUACUUGAACACAGUGGUAAAAUAUUAUUUUUUGAUACCCUUGUUUGGUAGACAUUAGUUUAUUUUAAGAAGUUUUUAAAGUGUUUGUGUAAUUUAUUUUUCAAGACCAGCCCGCAUUUAAGGAUAGACGUAAGGGGAUAGAACUGAUCGAUCCAAAUUAUUAUAUUUUCACUUUAUAGUCUGUUGAUUCUGUUCAGAAGAGUAGGAAGAAUAUACUUCAGGCAGAUCAUUAAAACAUAAUCCUUUUGAAUGAAGAAAGCCAACUAAAUUUUAGAUAUACUGUUCCUGUAUGCUGUAUGUCAAGUUGAAUGUGGUGGCAUUUCCAGGCAUCACUGCAUUUAUUGUGUUUCAGAAUUUUUUUUAACUUGUUCAUAAACACAGGGCCUUCCCUUUCCAAAGCUGUUGUGCAAAAAUAGACGGUAAAAAGUUUUUCCUCUUAAAUAGGAAUUUCCAUGGUGUUUUGGUUUCUUUUUAUAUGUAGUAGGGCAUGUAAGCUAUUUGGGUAGAAAUAACUUCAAAUGUAAUGACAAGCUUUAAGCAUGCUGAUACUGUGCAUGUGCAUUUCAUUUUUGCACCCACACUAUAUUUUUUAUGGAUGCUGUUAGUAUCCUGUCAUCGGUUGUUGCAUAAGUAAAGUUUAACAGAGGCAAAUUUUUUUGUUUAGUGGGUUAUCACUUUGUAAUAUGUUAUAGACAGCACAAACUUGUAACUGUGCAAGUCCCAAAUACUUUUAAGAAAAUGGUAAUAUGAGAGGCAGUUGGAUGUAAUCUACUAGCAACUCUUUGGGAGUUGUCCUGGUUUCCCAUCCAUUAUACCCCCCCCACACACACACACACGAUUUAAGCCAUUAGUCUCAAAGUCUCAAUUACAGGUCGGUAAAACAUUAAACUCCAAACUGUUGUCUUCUUACCUUAUAACCCCCCCCCCCAAAAAAAAAAAAAAAGCAAAAACUUGGUUCACUGCUGAUAAAAUAUUUUAUUUUUGCAAGCUGCUUGGACAGAUACUUGCAAGUAAAUGAUUUUUGUUUCAUCUUUCUAAGUAAAAGAGAAAAAGUGAGAAGAAAGCAAGUCUCCCCUUUCAUUAUUUUGAUUGAAAGUACUCCAGUAUCCCAUUGAUUAAAGAGAGGGGAAGGACAAGUCUGACUUGGUGCUGUAGUGAUACUAAAUUUAAAGAUCUUGGUAAGCAUGACCAAGAAAAGUGCAAGAUGGGUUAACCAAGGGAAAAAAAUCCGAAACGGUGAGGUGUACACAAUUUAAGUAUUUGCAUAACCACACACAAACUAUUUUUUCAGCAGUAAUUGGACCACAGUAUAACAGCCAUUAAAAGGACAGUACCUGUUUAAAUUGUAGUGUAAGUAGUAUGUACUUUCAGUCAGAUGGUAGGACGCUUAUGUUUUACAUUUUUACAUAGGAAUAUUGUGUUUCUUUCCUUUUUUAAGUGUCCUCUGAAAAGAUUUAGAUGCAGUAGGUUUUAAAAUGAAAAGAUUGGUCUGUACAUGUAAAACUAAGGAUACUCCGUGAGGCUUGAGUUCUGUUUUUUCAGGCUAUAUAUAGGAUUAUUUUUGAAAUGGUACCAGCCCUGCCCAAAGCAGGUGACGGUAUACUAAAUAGAUGGGGACAACUUGCAUACUCAUUAGACUAGACUUUGUGUCAGUGGAGGCCUACCAGAAAGAAUAGGCUUUCUUACACUUAGUUGUCACUUUUUUGUCAACUGUUGUGGGAUGUCAUUGAGGAAGAACAGGUAGAUUGUGUGUGGAAUCAAGGUGCUUGUCUCAUUCUGUUACAAAUGUGUCCUUUACUGAUUAUCUUUAAGAAUAAAGAAAAGGUAGUUACAACAAAUGAUUUUUAGUUAACAAGUGGAUAUUAAUUUAAACUGUGACUUUGCAAGGCUGUAAAAGUUGUAGUUGUGUCAUUAGUAGCUGAAAUGUGCCCGUAGAUUGAAUUUGGGUUUUGGAUUAUUUCCAGUUGGAUUAUUUUUCAUACACAAAAACUGAACUUGAAGUUUAAUUCUGAUGUUAAACCCAUUUUUUUCUGAAAGUCAACAAACUAUAUGGGUAAUACAGAGUACAAAAAUGAGUUUGUAGUUGUGGCUAAUGCUAAACCUAGAUAAGGAUAUAUGUAACUAAAAUCAUCUGAAUUGGUACAAAACUCGGAUUACUCUUAAAAUUUGCUUAGUCAUGCAUGAAAUUUAAUUUCAAAAUGUGAUGUGAAAGUCAUGCAUUUUAGAUUACUGUUUCUGAAGAAAGAGGUGGUCUCUUUAGCCAUGUAAAUCAAGACUGCAGUUUAAAUUGCAACUGUGUUCAUAAGCAGAGCUGUUAAAAGUUUUACUUGUAUGCAUUUGACAUAGAAUUUAAAUAAGAAGUGAAGUGUGGGUCAAACUUUUCUUUUAUAGGUAUGUGUUGUUGCAUCUUGCUCUAGUUUUGAGAGUUAUUUGUAGUGUAUAUGAAGUUCAUUGCUUUAUGAUGGUUUGUUUCUUAAGUACUUUGAUAUAUUUGAGCACUAGCUUUGGUAGUCUGGGCAGCUACACACAUGAAGUAUCAAUGCACAUUACAGUUAACUGUCAUUGAUUUUCUGUUUUGUAGUUCGUGUCCAGUCUGUCUAGUGCUUGGGUUUUGAAUAUUAACCGUCAUUGGUUCAAAGUGAGACACCCCAUCCCUUUUCAGAAACAGAUGACUGUUCUCUCCUUGUGCUGUUAGUAACUGAAAGAGACGUGUGUGUGCGCGUGCUCUAGCAUGCUUUUUGAUUCAUUGUAAAAACAGUCAUGGACGUGGUGGAUAUCCUGUGGCCAUUUCUCCACUGGGGUGAGCACAAGUAUUUUCAUUUAACCCAAAAUUUCUGUGUACUACAGUAGAAAUUGCGCUCCAGAAUGGCUUCCAGAAACUUUACACAACAUAGUAGAUGGUGUGUUCACUGUGUGCCUGUUUUUUAUUGAAUGUAUCAUUAAGAAGAAACACCUUGUGCCUUUUAAAUAUGUAUGUGUUAAGUUGGGAGAACACUGCAUGCUUUCUCUCUAGCUGUGACAGUAAGGCAGUCUGAAGGUGGCUUCUUGAGCUUGACUUGUUUUUGUUUUUAAUAAUUGUUCCCAUAUUUCUGACAUUCUCUGGGUACCUCAGGAUACCUAGAGUUUGCCAGAACUUUCAUUCAUUCAUUCUCCAGUGUCCUGUUUACUUGAUCCAGUUUAGGGUUUCAUGGGAGCCUGAGCAUAUUCUGACACUCAGCAGGGGCAUUCUUAAACUGUGUUAAAAUUAAAAGUCCAUUAUAACAUAUUUUUAUCAUUUUUGUUGCUACUGACACCUAUCCUGAAAGUUCCUUGACUGUUUUUGCAUUGUAUUGAGUUAUGCUUCAAGGUCACUGACCAGCAAGUUCUGGACUUGAUAGUAUGAUUUCAGCACACUUGUACCAUGACAUUGAGGCUAUACUACACUGAUAGAGCUCUAAAAUAGUAUCCUGAAUCAUUGUUAUAACUCAGUUACGUCAAGUUACAAAUGAAUGUCUAUUUCAUUUAAAAGGUGUCUUGGGUUUGUAAAUGCUGGGCAGAGUGUAAAAUAAAGCUUCCAUUUUUUGCAGAGGUUACAUAGGACUUUUUUCCUUAGGGAAUGAGUGCAGAACUUGGUCCAGUGGUAGUUGGAUUGGGCACAAGCUAAAGUCCAAAUUUACUUUGUUGACACAGUUUCAUUAGGAUUGCUGCAAUCAUUGUGUGCACAUAUGUAAAGAAACUCCAGCACUGGAAGCAUGGCUAGUGCUGCAGUCCACAAUGUAUUCUAAGUUGUAGUAUAACAUUACCACCAGUAGAUGGUGUGUACUCUGUACACCAUCUGUGUGUUGAGCAUCAGCUGAGCAGAAUUUGAAAUUAUCUUUCUAUGGAGAAUCUUUUUUUUUUGGGGGGGGGGGGGGCUUCAUGGGAAGUGUUAAAUUGAAAUAUUUUUUGGAAAUUGCUUUUUUUGGGGUGGGAGAUUGCUUUUUUUGGGGAGGUGGGGGGGGGGGGGCUUCUACAUGGAAAAUCUCUGUGGAGUUUUUUCCCACCGUAGCUUACUGCUUCUUCUACAUUAAUAAAAAUGAGAAAUGUCAGUAUCAUGAAGUUUUGUGAAUGUUUCCCCUGUAAGUAUCAUUGUAUAGUAGCUUCAUGACCAUACAGUAUUCAUUGGGUUAUUAUUCUAAAGUAGCUGGAGUUGUGAAGGUCGAAGUAGUUAGAACUUAUGCUUUUACUCCUUAUUUUGUAUGCCUACCAAUGUAUAAAUUAUUGAUGAUGUUGCUGGCUUUUAUAAACUCUGAAUAAGGGGAGGAGAAAAAGCCUUGCCCUUCACAAAUGGUAAUAAAGCACUGUUUUUAAAUAAAUAUA